ACUUUCCUACUGUAGCGCGAAAAUACCGCCGUGCGAAAACUGUAGUUUCACGUUUGAGCAGAAGUGUAGCUACUUGGCUUGAAAGCAAAAAUGUCAAAGAUAGAUAAAAUGAGCAUUCUGGGGGUGAGGAGCUUUGGAAUUGAGGACAAAGACAAACAAAUCAUCGCUUUCCAUCCUCCUUUAACUGUUCUGGUUGGACCGAACGGAGCAGGAAAAACGACUAUUAUUGAGUGCCUUAAGUAUGCCACAACAGGAGAACUUCCCCCUGGUUCUAAAGGAGGUGCUUUUGUUCAUGAUCCAAAGGACGCUCACGAGACAGAUGUGCGAGCUCAGAUUAAACUCUUAUUCACAGAUGUCAAUGGAGAAAAAGUCACUGUUCAACGCUCCAUGUCCUGCACGCAGAAGGCAAAAAACUACACUUUCAAAAGCUUAGACCAGGUCAUAACCAGAACAAAAAAUGGUGAGAGAGUGAGCUUGCCAGCAAAGUGUGCCGAGGUGGACAUGGAGAUGAUUUCUGCAUUAGGAGUAUCCAAGCCUGUGCUGAAUCAUGUUAUUUUCUGCCACCAAGAAGACUCUAACUGGCCACUCAGUGAAGGCAAAGCCCUCAAAGAAAAGUUUGACUCCAUCUUUGCUGCAACCAAAUAUAUCAAAGCGCUGGAGACGAUGCGUCAGCUGCGCCUCAAAAAAAGUCAGACGGUUAAAGAAUGUCAGGUGGAGCUGCGCUAUCUGAAGCAGAACAAAGAGAAGGCUCAGCAGAUUAGAGAUAUUGUGGCCACUAAGGAGGCUCAACUGAUGUCCUCAAAAGACAGCAUCCAGCAGAUCGAGAGCCAGAUUGAUCCACUUGAGAAUCAACUUACAGAUUUUGACUUGAAACUUGGAAAAGUGAUGAAGCUGGAUAAUGAUAUAAAGGCUUUAGACAGCAGAAAGAAACAAAUGGAGGAGGACAAUAAGGAGCUGGAGGAAACAAUGGAAAAGGUGUUCCAGGGAUCAGAUGAGGAACUGCAAGACGUUUACCAGAACCACCAAAGGACUGUGAAGGAGAAGGAGCGGAGGCUGAUAGACUGUCAGAGAGAGCUAGAAAGAGCUGGCCGAGAGUGUCAGAGACUCAACAGAGUCAAGGCUGAGCUCUUGGUAGAGCAAGGUCGUUUACAGCUGGAAGCUGAUCACCACAUUCAAAGCAUCAAAAAUCGUGAUGCUCAGGUUCGUGCGCUCUCAUCCUACCUGGAAAUGGAAGGUUAUGACCGACCGCCCUUCACCUCUUUGCAGCUUGAGAGCUUUCAUCAACACGUCACUCAAAGACUGGAGCAGGAAAAAGAGACGCUCAAUCAGAUUAUGGCUGAUCUACAAGAAAAGGAGCAGCAAAAGCAGCAGUCUAUUGAUGAAAUGAGGGAUAAGAAGACCGGCCUGGAAAGAACAGUAGAGCUGAAGAGAGACCUGCAGGGGAAAAAGCAGCAAGAAUUGAGGAAUGUCCGGGAAGAUCUUCAGAGGCUCGAGGGCUCAUCUAGUCGACUACAAGAGCUGGAAAAUGAGUUGGCUAAAGCUGAACAGGAACUGCAGCGAGCGGUUCAGAGCUCCAACGUGGAAGAGCUUAAGAUUGAGAUUGAACAACUCCAAAAAGAAAAGGUCGAACUUGACCGUGCCCAGAGACGGCUCGACCAAGAGAUUCAGCUUCUCAACAUGCACACAGCUGCGCGCACACAGAUGGACAUGUUGAAAAAGGAUAAAGUGGAAAAAGAUGAGCAGGUGCGUAAGAUUAAGUCUCGCCAUGGUGAUGAACUUGUGUCCCUCUUGGGUCACUUUCCCAACAAGAGAGAGCUGGAGGAUUGGAUCUAUUCCAAAUCCAAGGAAAUCAAUAGCACCAGGGACCGACUUGCAAAACUCAAUAAGGAUUUGGCUUCAAGUGAGCAGAAUAAAAAUCACAUUGUUGCUGAGCUGCGUAAGAAGGAGCAGCAGUUGGCGAGUGAUGAAGAAAAGUUCUUCAGCGUUUGUGGUAGUCAAGAUCUGGAUCAGGACCUGGGCAAAUUGCAGGAAGAUUUGGAGAAGAUAUCCAAACAACGAGCCAUGUUGGCAGGAGCCACAGCAGUUUACAGCCAGUUCAUCAGCCAGCUGACAGAGGAGAGGGAACCCUGCUGCCCUGUGUGCCAGCGAACCUUUCCCUCUGAGUCGGAUCUGCAGGAAGUUAUUAGUGACAUGCAGUCAAAGCUACGCUUGGUGCCCGACAAACUGAAGAACACUGAACACGACCUGAAGAAAAAGGAGAAGAGGAGAGAUGAGAUGAUAUCUCUCAAACCUGUGAGACAGUCCAUUGUGCAGUUUCAGGAAAAGGAGCUGCCUGAGCUGAGAAACCGUCUCCAGGCUGUUAACAGAGAGAUUGAGAGGCUCAAAUCGGUUGUGGAAGAACAAGAGACUCUGCUCAAGACUUUGAUGUCUGAAGAGGAAACGGCCAAGGCCUGUCUGCAGGACAUCUCUCUUAUGGACAGAUACCUGAUGGACCUAAAAGAGUUGGAAAGGAAAAUCGCUCAGCAUGCAGCCAAGCUCCAGGGAGUUGAUUUGACCAGAAGCAUUCAGCAAGUUAGUCAGGAGAAACAAGAAACUCAACACAAUCUGGACACAACCUCCAGCAAAAUGGAUCUAAAGCGUAAGCUUAUCCAGGACCAGCAGGACCAGAUCCAAAUGCUGAAAAGUGCAGUAAAUGAGACGAGGGCAGACAAGCUCCAGCUCAGCAGCAACAUGCAGAAACAGCAGCAGCUGGAGGAGCAGUGUGUCGAGUUUACCGCAGAGAUACAGGCUCUGACCAGGGACAUGAGGGAGGCAAAGGAGCAACUGUUGCCUCUGUCUGCAACUCUGGAGAAGUUGCAACAAGAGAAACAAGAGCUGGUGGAGCACAGGAGACAAAAGCAUGAAGAAGGACAAGAGAAGAUCAAUGCUAUUAAAGAGAGAGUGAAAAACAUCACAGCAUUCGAACGAGAGAUCACUAAAUACGUAGGUGAUGGAAAAAACACAUAUAAAGAGCAAAAAGAAUCUGAGCUUCAGGAAACCAACACUCAGCUCCACGAAGCUGAGAAGCAAAAGGAGAAGAUCAACAAAGAGAUGGGAAACAUCCGUCAGGACAUAGACACUCAAAAGGUUCAAGAGCGCUGGUUGCAGGACAAUCUGACCCUGAGGAAACGUGUUGAGGAGCUGAAGGAGGUUAUGACUAAACGACAAGCUCUUCUGAAAGAAAUGGGCAACAUGCAAGUCUUGAAGCUGCACCAAGAACGUCGUGAAGCAGAACGCAAGCUAGAAGAUUUGAAAAAGAACCGCAGCAUUGCUCUGGGUCGUCAGAAAGGAUUUGAAGAGGAGCUACUGCAUCAUAGGCAAGAGUUGCGAGAGGAUCAGUACGACAAAGCUGAUGAGCGCUAUAAAAACAAGAUGAUCAUAAUGAGAACGACAGAGUUGGUCAUUAAAGACCUGGAUCUCUACUACAAAGCUCUUGAUCAAACCAUCAUGAAGUUCCACAGCAUGAAGAUGGAUGAGAUUAAUAAGAUCAUCAGAGACCUGUGGCGCAGCACCUACAGGGGUCAAGAUAUUGAAUAUGUGGAGAUCAGAUCUGAUGUGGAUGAGAACUCAUCUGCUGGAGUGAGACGGAGGACUUACAACUACAGGGUUGUUAUGGUGAAGGGAGACACAGCUUUGGAUAUGAGAGGACGCUGCAGUGCUGGUCAAAAGGUGUUGGCGUCCCUGAUCAUCCGUCUCGCUCUGGCAGAGACCUUCUGUCUGAACUGUGGGAUCCUGGCCCUGGAUGAACCUACUACCAAUCUGGACAGGGAGAACAUUGAAUCGUUGGCACAUGCCCUUGUAGAAAUCAUUAAAAGUCGCUCUCGUCAGCGCAACUUCCAGCUGCUCGUCAUCACCCACGAUGAAGACUUUGUGGAGCUGUUGGGCCGGUCCAGCUACAUCGAACACUUUUACCGUAUCCGUAAAAACCAGGACCAGAACUCCGAAAUCAUAAAGUGCAGUAUCUCCUCCCUGUCAUCCUAUCUCCACUGA